AUGAUAUCUUCACAUUACGAAACUCUCGGGCUGAAUAGCGAUUGUUCUUUAGAGGAGAUCAAGAAAGCUUACAAGGAAAAGUUACUCAGUAGUCAUCCCGACAAAAUUGGUGAUGAGUCUUCGAGCGUUGAGGUAAAUAAGAUCCAGGAGGCAUACAAAGUAUUGUGCGAUGUUAACUUACGUGAAAAAUAUGAUGAAUCGUUAAAGAAGCAGUAUAAGCAUCAGGGGUUUCUUGGUAGUGGAGACGGGCUAGAUGAUUAUUCCUUGGAUGAGUUUUAUUUUAAUCCUGCAAUAAUGGAGUAUUGUAUGGAUUGCCCAAGGUGUCACGGGAAGGAUGGAUUUCAUUUUAGUGAAGAAACUCUAGAGGAACACGCACAGGAAAAAUCCAAGGAUGGGUUUCAGGUGUUUGCUCAAUGUUCUGCCUGUAGUCUGUGGCUUAAAGUUAAUUUUGAUCUGGCUGAGGAGUAUGAACAAGUUUAG